UUCUCCUCUUGUUUUUCAUUUUAUUUUCUGAUUCUGUUACAUAUGCAAAUCAUAAGUGCCCUACCCUUAACGCUCUCUUCCAAAUUACAAAAUUCAAAUAAAAAAAAAGAUACUGGUAACGCAUAUCCCUUAAAUUCAGUACUAUAUCUGCCUCAUGUGCAACGUCCGUCCUAUAAAAUCUAACUAAACCCUCUUUUAUUCACUCUCUCUCUAUCGCCUAAACCAAACUCUAAAACACUAAACAUUAUGGAACACAAUCACAAGCUAUGUCCAGCAAUGGAUGCCACCUUAUGCACAAGAUUAUCAACUUCUUGUAAUAAGAUGAAGACAGGCUUAAACGACGCAGUUUCGAAGAGCAAAGUUGGUACAUAUUUCAAGCUAGAAGCAAGAAAAAGUUCCUUUACAAAUGAGUUACGUGCGGCUACGGCUACAUUUCUUACUAUGGCUUAUAUCAUUACAGUUAACGCCACCAUUAUUGCCGACUCCGGCGUCACGUGCUCCGUCGCUGAUUGUUCGGCUCCGGUUAACCAAACGGCUAGUCCGGACUGUGUGGUGAAACCCAAUGACGGCUACCAAAAGUGCCUUGACGGAGCCAAGAGUGACCUUGUUGUUGCCACCAUAGUUGCAUCCAUGAUCGGGUCGUUUGCUAUGGGUAUUUUUGCUAAUUUGCCUUUCGGCUUGGCUCCGGGUAUGGGCCCUAAUGCUUACUUGGCUUAUAAUUUAGUGGGCUUUCAUGGAUCCGGAACCAUAUCUUACGAGACAUCCAUGGCUAUAGUUCUUGUUGAGGGCUGUCUGUUUCUUGCUAUAGCUGCUUUUGGGCUCAGAGCAAAGAUCGCUAGACUCAUACCACAUCCGGUCCGGCUCGCUUGCGCAGCAGGUAUUGGCCUUUUCAUCGCAUUCACGGGCUUACAAGUCCACCAAGGUGUGGGCCUAAUUGGGCCUAAUCCAUCAUCAUUGGUGACCCUCACAGCUUGCUCGAUAACCAAUCCGGUCACCGGAGAAUGCAUCGGCGGAAAAAUGCAAAGCCCCACAUUUUGGCUAGGCUCAAUUGGAUUUCUAAUCACAUGUUAUGGUUUAAUAAAGGAAAUAAAAGGGAGCAUGAUAUAUGGUAUAGUUUUCGUGACACUAAUUUCAUGGUUUAGAGGUACGUCUGUCACAUACUUCCCUGACAGUUCAAUGGGUGACUCAAAAUUCAAUUACUUAAAAAAAGUGGUAGACUUUCACAAAAUCAAAUCAACGGCUGGCGCUAUAAGUUUCACUAAUUUCAACAGAUCCGACGUGUGGAUAGCCUUAGCGACCUUAUUAUACGUAGAUGUGCUAGCAACCACAGGAACAUUAUACACAAUGGCAGAAAUUGGAGGAUUUGUGGAUGAAACGGGGAGUUUUGAAGGUGAAUACGUGGCAUACAUGGUAGACGCAGGAUCAACAAUUGUGGGGUCCACCUUAGGAGUUUCACCAAUAGCAACAUAUAUAGAAUCAUCAGCAGGAAUUAGAGAAGGAGGUAGAACAGGAUUAACCGCGGUAAUUAUAGGUUUUUACUUUCUACUGUCAUUAUUUUUUACCCCUCUAUUGGCUAGUGUGCCACCGUGGGCUAUUGGUCCGUCACUGGUGAUAGUUGGGGUUAUGAUGAUGAAGGUGGUGAAGGAUAUUAAUUGGGCCGAUAUGAAAGAAGCGGUGCCGGCGUUCAUGACGAUGCUGCUAAUGCCGUUAACUUAUUCGAUUGCAAAUGGGAUUAUUGGUGGAGUUGGGCUUUAUAUUGCUCUUAAUUUGUAUGAUUAUGUGGUGAGUUUUGUGAGAUGGACGGUGAAGAUGAGAAAAAUGGUUGUGAAAGAACAUAAUCAAGUAUCUGUAGAUCCUUCAAUUCAGCUUGUUUAAUUAGGGUGUUUUUUUAGAGUUAGUUUGUACUGUGAUUUUUGCAGCAUUUAAUGGCUGUUUUAAAGCAUGAAUCUUAUCACUGUUUGGAUUUCGUAAA